GAGGAGACAAUCGCCUUUCGAGAUUGCAACACGAACAUUUCCCACUUGUGCGGUUUGUCUACGGUCUAUUCUACUAGUCGUCGUAACCUAUUUUGAUAGUCUACCACCAACCCAAUUUCAUUCAUUUGGGCCCGUUGAGAGGCACAAGGGUUCUGUUGCUACUAGUAGGCUACAUACAAACGUUGCGUUGCAGGAAGAGAACGGCUCUUUUUUUAAAGCAGUGUCUCUUCACGCUUUUGUUCCGUGUAUAAAAAAAAAUGUAUGUCUGAUCUAUUCGUCUCUAGGGUGGGUGGUGUCACAGUAGUACUACAAUGAUCGAACGACCAGAAUCUGCAGUUGCCAGCAUUGCACAGAGGAAUCUGGAGGGGUAUGUGGGGUUCGCCAACCUCCCAAACCAGGUGUACAGGAAAUCAGUGAAGAGGGGCUUUGAGUUCACACUAAUGGUUGUUGGUGAGUCAGGAUUGGGGAAAUCCACGCUCAUCAACUCCCUCUUCCUGACUGACCUGUACUCCAAGGAUUACCCAGGGCCAUCCCUACGGAUCAAGAAGACUGUUCAGGUGGAGCAGUCCAAGGUUCUGGUGAAGGAAGGGGGUGUCCAACUCACUCUCACCAUCGUCGAUACACCAGGGUUCGGAGAUGCAGUGGAUAAUAGUAACUGCUGGCAGCCUGUCAUUAACUACAUUGACAGUAAGUGUGAGGACUUCCUGAAUGCGGAGUCCAGGGUGAACCGAAGACUGAUGCCAGACAACAGGGUUCACUGCUGCCUGUACUUCAUCGCCCCCUCUGGCCAUGGGCUAAAGCCCCUGGACAUUGAGUUUAUGAAGCGUCUCCAUGACAAGGUCAACGUGAUCCCUCUCAUCGCCAAGGCAGACACCCUGACACCUGAGGAAUGCCAGCUAUUCAAGAAACAGAUCAUGAAGGAAAUCCAAGAACACAAGAUCCAGAUCUACGAGUUUCCUGACAUAGAGGACGAUGAGGACAGCAAGCUUAUCCGGAAGAUCAAGGAGCGGAUGCCUCUGGCAGUGGUUGGCAGCAAUGUGGUGAUCGAAGUAAACGGCAAGAAGGUCAGAGGUCGUCAGUACCCCUGGGGCGUGGCAGAAGUGGAGAACGGGGAGCACUGUGACUUUACUGUCUUACGGAACAUGCUGAUCAGGACCCAUAUGCAAGAUCUGAAGGAUGUGACUAACAACGUCCACUAUGAGAACUACCGCAGCAGGAAGCUUGCUGCCGUCACCUGCAAUGGAGGAGUGGACACCAGCAAGACCAAGAACCAAAUGACCAGGAGCCCCCUGGCCCAGAUGGAGGAGGAGCGGAGGGAACACGUCAUGAAGAUGAAGAAGAUGGAGACUGAGAUGGAGCAGGUGUUUGAGAUGAAAGUCAAGGAGAAGAAACAGAAACUGAAGGACUCUGAGGCCGAGCUGGAGCGACGCCACGAGCAGAUGAAAAAGAACUUGGAGGCUCAGUAUAAGGAACUGGAGGAGAAGAAGCGUCACCAUGAGGAAGAGAAGUCAAACUGGGAGGCACAGCAACGUAUACUGGAGCAGCAGAAACUUGACGCUUCUAAGACCAUGGAAAAGAACAAAAAGAAAGGAAAAAUAUUUUAAGAGUUGAACCUAUUCCUCCAAUGAAAUAUUACAAACUUGUUUUUACAUCCUUUUAGAUAGUCACACGAUCUGUAACCCGCAAACCACACCACACACACACCCAUAUUGUACUAUAGUAGACAUUCCAUACCAACAUUCCAAAUGUAUGUUUCUCUUGCAGUACAUGUCAGACAUGGACCUCACACAUCACUAACUCACUCUCAUACAG